GCCUUUAGAAGGCUAUACAAAUUGGCUGUAGGCACGCGUGAUGGGGAGAUCAUGUAGCUGCGAAGUACAUCCUUCCGUAUUGCUUAUAUCUCUUUCAUUUCUGUGAUUUUAACAAAAUCGAUCUUCAUUUCUGAUUUCCUCAAUUUUCUUCAUUCUUUUCUCUCUUAAACGAACGAAAACCCUUGAUGCCACUCCAAUACCAGAAAAACGAAAUCCAGCUAGUAUGCAGGCAAUCAAUCCUAACGAUUUGAAGAAACGCGGGCGGGAGAAACGAUCAUUGAUCAUUUGAUGGAGUGCGAAUUGCAGAGUUUAACCAGAUAAAGAUCCGAGUUUCUGUGAUCGGUGACGAGCUGAUGGGUGCUGCGGGCUCCAAGCUCGAGAAAGCCCUUGGCGACCAAUUUCCUGAAGGCGAGCGUUACUUUGGUCUUGAGAACUUUGGCAAUACAUGUUACUGCAACAGCGUUUUGCAGGCACUUUACUUUUGUGUUCCAUUUCGUGAACAAUUGCUAGAGUAUUAUGGGACUAAUAAAACCACAGGGGAUGCGGAAGAAAAUCUCUUAACUUGCUUAGCAGACUUAUUUUCUCAGAUAACUUCCCAGAAGAAGAAAACAGGUGUCAUUGCUCCCAAGCGAUUUGUGCAGAGGUUAAAAAAGCAGAAUGAACUCUUUCGUAGCUAUAUGCACCAGGAUGCGCAUGAAUUCUUGAACUUUUUGUUAAAUGAACUUGUGGACAUUUUAGAGAAAGAGGCACAGGCUGCAAAAAAUGAUCAAGAUACUUCACCACCUUCUGAUCCUGCAAAUGCACCUAAGAAUGGUCUAGCUAAUGGUGCAAAAAAGGAGCCUUUAGUUACGUGGGUCCACAGAAAUUUUCAGGGCAUACUCACCAAUGAGACAAGGUGCUUACGCUGUGAAACAGUGACAGCUAGGGAUGAAACGUUUUUUGACUUGAGCCUUGAUAUUGAGCAGAACAGUUCAAUCACAAGCUGUUUGAAAAACUUUAGUUCCACUGAGACUCUGAAUGCUGAAGACAAAUUUUUCUGUGACAAGUGCUGCAGUUUGCAAGAAGCUCAGAAGAGGAUGAAAAUAAAGAAACCGCCUCACAUCUUGGUCAUCCAUCUGAAGCGGUUCAAGUACAUUGAACAGCUGGGCCGAAAUAAGAAGCUGUCUUACCGGGUUGUCUUCCCUCUUGAGCUCAAGUUGGGUAACACUGUGGAGGAUGCAGAUAUUGAAUAUUCCCUAUUUGCAGUGGUUGUUCAUGUUGGCAGUGGGCCUAAUCACGGACAUUAUGUCAGCCUUGUGAAAAGCCAUAACCACUGGUUAUUUUUUGAUGAUGAAAAUGUCGAGAUGAUUGACGAGUCUGCUGUGCAGACAUUCUUUGGCUCAGCACAGGAAUAUUCCAGUAACACAGACCAUGGGUACAUCCUGUUCUAUGAGAGUCUUGGCUCUGGAAAUGGGAACUAGGCAGAGGAGUUUGACCACUUUUAGGUACUUUGAAUCAUCUGGACUCUUUUUUCCAUCGAUUUUCUAUGUUCAUUAUUUUUUUUUUUUGGGAAAAAAAAAGAAAAAGAAAAAUUACCUUUACCCCUGCAACCUGUUGGAGAAGCUGUUGUUCUUCAUGAGAUACGGGUUGUGGGAAUGUAUACUAAGGUGUUUGGCAUGUACAGUGAUCAGUGGAAGUAUCCCAUCCUUUUUUGUUUUCACAAUAAGAGGAGAAACUGUAGUACAUAUGAUCUGAACGUCUCACAUUCAUUGUUGCCAAUGUUGUUUUUGGGACAAUGUUGUUGCCAGUACUUAAUCACACAUUGGAAUCACAAUGUAGUUGGGAAUUGGCUAUAACUUUCUUGUGAUAAAAAUUAGACCGGACUGGUUUGUUGAAUGAGAAAGUUGAUUAACUGGUCUA